GCGCCUCUCGGCGUCGCGCUCCUCCCCUCGCGGGUGGAUGCCGACCUCGAACUGCAGAGCGCGUGCGCGCGCGGCCCCACGCCGCGGCGGAUCCCGCCCGCUCCGCCGCGCACACUCGCAAUCAGUGGGCGAGCCGGGAGCCGCGGAGGUCACCGCGGGGAGGCGGGGGGCCGGGCAGCAUGGCAGCCUCCUUACGGCUCCGUGGAGCCGCCUCCGGCCUCCGGUUUUGGAGCCGCCGGCAGCGUCCGGCAGUGGCCAGCCUUGCAGUGGUGUGUUCUAGGUCAAUGGCAUCUAAGACUCCAGUUGGAUUCAUUGGACUGGGCAACAUGGGGAAUCCAAUGGCAAAAAAUCUCAUGAAACAUGGCUAUCCACUCAUUAUUUAUGAUGUGUUCCCUGAUGCAUGCAAAGAGUUUCAAGAGGCAGGUGAACAGGUAGUGUCUUGCCCAGCAGAUGUAGCUGAAAAAGCUGACAGAAUUAUUACAAUGUUGCCCACCAGUAUCAAUGCAAUAGAAGCUUAUUCGGGAGCAAAUGGAAUUCUCAAAAAAGUGAAGAAGGGCUCACUAUUAAUAGACUCCAGUACUAUUGAUCCUGCAGUUUCAAAAGAAUUGGCCAAAGAAGUUGAGAAAAUGGGAGCAGUUUUCAUGGAUGCCCCUGUUUCUGGUGGUGUGGGAGCUGCUCGGUCUAGGAACCUCACAUUUAUGGUGGGAGGAGUCGAAGAUGAAUUUGCUGCUGCCCAGGAGUUGCUGGGGUGCAUGGGCUCCAAUGUGGUGUAUUGUGGAGCUGUUGGGACCGGGCAGGCUGCAAAGAUCUGCAAUAACAUGCUGUUAGCCAUUAGUAUGAUUGGGACUGCUGAAGCUAUGAAUCUUGGAAUCAGGUUAGGGCUUGACCCAAAACUAUUGGCUAAAAUCCUAAACAUGAGCUCAGGACGGUGUUGGUCAAGUGACACUUACAAUCCUGUACCCGGGGUGAUGGAUGGAGUGCCGUCGGCUAAUAACUAUCAGGGUGGAUUUGGAGCAACACUCAUGGCCAAGGAUCUGGGGCUGGCCCAAGACUCCGCCACCAACACAAAGAGCCCGAUCCUUCUGGGCAGCCUAGCCCAUCAGAUCUACAGGAUGAUGUGUGCAAAGGGUUACUCAAAGAAAGACUUCUCGUCCGUCUUCCAGUUUCUCCGAGAAGAGGAGACCUUCUGAGUUUGCCCUUUGGCCGUGGACACUGUUGGAAACCGACCUCCAUUCUGGAGCCUCCUUAUAGCUCACUCCACAAGUAAAUGGGCUUAAUCAAAGGUCACCUGUCUGCUUUUGACUGUCUAGGUCCCAGUAAACCUUAGGAUUUUUCACCCAUUUUUAACUGCUUAUUUUUUUUAUCUAUUUAGCAAACCUGUGUUCUCUCCAUUUUUUUUUUUUUCUCCCUGUAAGCCACUGAUGGUCUCUGCUAACUAGCCGAUUGACCUUUUUCAGAAGUUUGACUCCUGAGCAUCUUCAACUAAAUCGUUGCAUACUUCAAUCAGGAUAGUAUUUAUUCCACUUUACAAAUAAAACCAAAUAUUGUCAACAGGAUGAAACCUAUCUUAAAGAAAUUGGUGUGGGGAAAGGAGUUAGAAAAAGGGGAAGCAUAGUGAAUUAUUACCUGUGUCCCUCGGGAAGUUUGUCCUGUUAACCAAGUGGUGGUAUUCUUGCGUUGCUGAGGUUACUGAUUUCUUUUCCAGGGAGUCGGUAAAGCUAACGGAACUCCCUGCUGCAUGUUUAUAAGUUGGACUCUGUUACAUUAUCUUACUGUGUAUCCUUCUUGUUACAACUCCCAAUACUCAGCAAACUUGUUUUUUAUAUUUUUGCUUCCUUUUACAUUCUUACUACAUAUUUUUUGACUUUAAAAGAAUGACAUCUUUAGAACUGUUUCAGAGCCAAUGAUGAUAUUUGCUUUAGAUAAUUAUUACAUUAUUCUAAAUAUAACCAUAUUAUUUUGAAAUCAAAUAAAUUUCUAUGCUGAUAAUA